AUGACGGCACGCGUCACGAACAAUGGAGUCGUCUCAGAGGCAUUCGCAGUGACCAACGGAGUGAAGCAGGACCGCGUCCACGCGCCCACUUUCUUUGAUGCCAUGUUUUCUGCCUUAAUGAUGGACGCCAACCGUGACGAACGCCCCGGGAUCCGCGUCGCCUACAGGACGGAUGGCCACCUCCUCAAUCAUUGGCGAGUGCAUUUCCAGUCACGUGUAUCCACAACUUCUGCCCAUGGACCCCUCUUCGUCGACGACGGCGCUCUCAACGCCGCCCGCGAAGACGACAUGCAAAGGAGGAUGAGGCUCUUACCCGCCGCCUAUGACAACUUCGGCCUCAUCAUCAACACGGGGAAGACGGUAGUUACGCAUCAACCACCACCCGACGGUGCUUACGUCGCACCCCAAAUCAACGUGGACAUCGCGCGGGACCGGCCAACCUGGCGGGGAGCAGUGGUGACAGGCUCAGCGAUCAACGAAUCCAUCCGCAUCACCGCUGCCAAAGUCAGACGCGAAACUCCUAAAGUUCAACAGCCCCCGCCUCAAAACGUCAACAAUUAA